AUGGAGAGCCGCAAGGACAUGGUUAUGUUUCUGGAUGGGGGCCAGCUUGGCACUUUGGUUGGCAAGAGGGUCUCCAGUUUGUCCGAAGCCGUGGGCAGCCCGCUGCCUGAGCCCCCCGAGAAAAUGGUGCCCCGGGGCUGCCUGAGCCCGCGGGCGGGCCCUGCAGCGGCCCGGGAACGCGGCGGGGGAGGCCCAGAGGAGGAGCCACUGGAGGGACUCGCAGGAGGCGCGGCGGGGCUGGGCUCCGAGCCGCGGGCAGCAGGGGCGGCCAUGCUUGGCCCGGGCCCCCCUGUCCCCUCCACCGACAGCCUUUCUGGCCAGGGGCAGCCCAGUAGCUCGGACACAGAGUCGGAUUUCUAUGAAGAAAUCGAGGUGAGCUGCACCCCGGACUGCGCCGCUGGAAACGCGGAGUAUCAGCACAGCAAAGGGCCCGGCUCGGAGGCAUCAGCCGGCAGUCCCAAUAGUACCAACGAGGUCCCCAAGAGCGGCGGCGCUGGUGGCGGCGGUGGAGGAGUAGGAGGUGGUGGCGGCUCCCAAAGUUCUCUGGCCUGCAGCGCCAGUGAUCAGAUGCGCCGUUACCGCACCGCCUUCACCCGGGAGCAGAUCGCGCGACUGGAGAAGGAGUUCUAUCGGGAGAACUACGUCUCGAGACCACGACGCUGCGAGCUGGCGGCCGCCCUCAACCUGCCCGAAACCACCAUUAAGGUGUGGUUCCAGAACCGGCGUAUGAAGGACAAGCGGCAGCGUCUGGCCAUGACGUGGCCGCACCCGGCCGACCCGGCCUUCUACACGUACAUGAUGAGCCACGCGGCGGCCGCGGGCGGCCUGCCCUACCCUUUCCCGUCGCACCUGCCGCUGCCCUACUACUCGCCCGUGGGCCUGGGCGCCGCUUCCGCUGCCUCAGCCGCCGCCUCGCCAUUCAGCGGUCCACUGCGCCCGCUAGACACGUUUCGCGUGCUCUCGCAGCCCUAUCCCCGGCCAGAACUGCUGUGCGCCUUCCGUCACCCGCCGCUGUAUCCCGGCCCGGCGCACGGACUAGGCGCCUCUGCCGGCGGCCCCUGCUCCUGCCUUGCCUGCCACAGCGGCCCCGCCAACGGGCUGGCCUCCCGGGCCGCCGCCGCUGCAGCUGCCGCCGCGGACUUCACCUGUGCCUCUACCUCCCGCUCGGACUCAUUCCUCACCUUCGCGCCCUCGGCGCUCAGCAAGGCCUCCUCCGUGGCACUGGACCAGAGGGAGGAGGUGCCUCUCACCAGAUAAGGGGCCGCCUGCGGGCUGCCGGCUCCAGGAUGUCUGCGGCGGUGGUGGUGGUGGUGGUGGUGAUGGUGAUGCUGCAGGAGGUUGGCCAGCCAGCACCCCUCUUCAGUCUGUUUAGGACACAGAGGGGAGUGGAGGGCGAGGAGGGUCGCAAAGGACCUGCGGACAGCCUCAAGGGUUGAGAUUCCCCCGGACGGCUGUGGCCAACACGUUUGGGAGCCAGAUCUACUGGGUGCGAGGGGAGCUAGAGUGGCCUGGCUGCCUGCUGAGGUUUAGACCCACCAGCCCGGGGUUGGGGGGUUGGGUUGAGGCCGUGCCUCCAACAGCAACCGAUAUUUAGCCCUGUAGCUGGCACUACAGUCUCCUAGCCCUUCCUCACCCUGGGGCCCCUUCCCUGCAGGGGGCAAGCCCUAGCGCUGGAAAGGGAAAUUGCUGUGACAAAGUACUAUGUGUGCAGAGCAGGUGGAGGUGGAACUUUGCCAGCUUGCCCAAGGCCUGGUCCUCACCAGGGGCUCGUGUGUUCCAAGACCCUAGCCAAGCAGGGGAAAAAAGAUUGAGAAAAACCCUGUCCCCUUAGCCAGGUGCCCUUGUUCGCUCUUGCCAGCCUACAUGAUCCGGGCAUCUCCCAGUACCGGAGCUCCCUCCAGCCUCCCCACCCCAGUGCUGCUGGCCGCUGCUGUGCCUCUCACCUUGCAACUGCGCCCACGCACGCGCGCGCGCACACACACACUCACCACCCACUCUCCUUUUUAUCUGGCUUUCCUAGGGAGGCUGCCUUCCCCUGGGUACCCCAGGGCCCCUGAGCAGCUUCUCUGAGUCCAAGCUUCCUCUCCCUGGGCCCAGCACACACCCUGAUUAGUAAGCGCUGUGUGUGAGCGAGGAGGAUUUUUGAAUGUUGAAUGUAUAAUCGUGCUCACCACGGUGCGGCUGGCCGAGGCCCAGAGUUGCUGAGCUGUGGUUAACAAGGCGCCCAGGGAAGAGUUCAGGAGUGGGGCCUGCACCUCCCUCCCUUGGCGGCUGCAGGCAAAUUAGAGGCGGUUUGCAUUCUGUGCCAUUCACCUUCAGUUCAGCAGGGCUGUCUGUGUCGUUUUCCAUCUUGUCCCUUUCUUCCCUAACUGCCACUGGGGCUUGACUUUCAGACCCCAGCGGGUGAUGGUGUCUGCCCCUUCCGGACAAACAGGUUCUCCCCCGGGUCUUCACCGGGUGUCUGGGAGCCAUUCCAAGCUCUCACUUCCACACCAUUCUCGCAGUCGGUUUUUGGGGAUAAGAAGAGAACUACAUUUGUUUUUACCCCAAAUGCAAGUUUUACUCCUGGUUGA